AUGGCAGGUGUAUGUGACAGCAGUCAGUUUCAGUGCUCCAAUGGUCACUGCAUUUCUGCAGCCUGGAGGUGUGAUGGAAUAAAAGAUUGUCCUGAUGAUUCUGAUGAAGAAAAUUGCCCUGCUGCCACCUGCAGUUCUAACCAGUUCCAAUGUGUGACUAGCAAAGAAUGUAUCCAGGCAUCGUUUGUUUGUGAUGGAGAGGAGGACUGUGAAGAUGGGUCUGAUGAGCAGCGACAAUGCAAUGGAAAGACGUGUUCCAGCACCCAGUUCACCUGCACUGAAGGACAAUGCAUUCCUGCAGCCUAUCGCUGCGACAGGGUACAAGACUGUGUAGAUAACUCCGAUGAGAAGAACUGCAAUUACCCCACAUGUACACAGAUGACAUGUACAAAUGGAGCAUGUUAUAACAGCAACCAGAGAUGUAAUGGGAUCCUAGACUGCAGAGAUGGAUCUGAUGAGGUCAACUGCACGCACUGCCAGUUUCACCAGUUUGAGUGCCACAAUGGACUUUGCAUCCCAUCCAUGUUUGUGUGUGACCACUUUGAUGACUGCGGGGACAACAGUGAUGAAGAAAGCUGUGUUUAUACAACCUGCCAAGGGAAUCAGUUCACGUGUGCCAACGGUAUAUGUAUUAGUCAGAGCUGGGUGUGUGACGGCUUUGAUGACUGUCUUGACUACAGUGAUGAAAAGGGAUGUCACAGUUCUGAUCGGGACUGCUAUCCUGGAGAGUGGGCCUGUCCGGAUUCAAAGACCUGCAUACCAAUUGAUAAUGUUUGCAAUGACCAUGCUGACUGCCCUUUUGGGACAGAUGAAGCUAACACCACUGCUGGGUUAACAUGCGGGGUCGGGCAAUGUUCCAUGCUGAGUUGUGAGUACAGAUGCCAUGCUUCUCCCACUGGAGGUACCUGUUACUGCCCGGAUGGCUAUAUUGUAAAAGAUGAUGGACGCAGCUGUGAGGACUUUGAUGACUGUAAGAUGUGGGGAAUUUGUGACCAGUUUUGUGAGGAUCGUGAAGGUUCGCACCGAUGCAGCUGUGCAGAUGGAUAUUUCCUUGAGCUGGAAAGGCAUUGCAAGGCUAAUACAUCAGUUGGUGUUCCUCAGAUUCUCUUCUCCAAUGGAAGGGACAUUAUGAUCGCAGAUAUCCAUGGCAGAAAUGCACGACUGUUGAUUCAGUCACAGCCAAGAGGCAAAGCUAAUGGCAUUGACUAUCUGUAUUCAUCACAGCUCAUCUUCUGGACAGAUACAACUCAGAAAAAGGUAUUUUCAGCUAAAUUUGAUGGCACUGAAAUGAAAGAGGUUCUAAACACAUCGGUUGACUCCCCGGAAAACAUUGCUGUCGAUUGGAUUAACUUCAAACUGUACAUAGUAGAGAGUUAUGUGGACAGAAUUGACAUUUGUGAGUUGGAUGGAGCCAACAGGCUGACACUGAUAGCAGAGAACUUGAAUAACCCUCAUGGCCUAGCUCUGGAUUCGACUGUUGGGUACAUGUUUUUCACUGAUAAAAGUGAUGUUAGAGGGGACCCUAGACUGGAACGUGCCUACAUGGAUGGUAGUAAUCGGAAGGAGCUUGUGAAAAGCAAGUUGGGCUCUCCUGGGGGUAUUGUCCUUGAUUAUGUCACAAAGCGAGUCUACUGGACAGAUAGCCACUUUGACUACAUUGAAACAGUUACUUACGAUGGCAUGGACAGAAGAGAGAUCUUAAGUGGUGGCAACAACAUCCCUCAUCCUUAUGGUCUGGCGCUGUUUGAGAAUCAUGUUUACUUCACUGACUGGACAAAAAUGGGGAUCAUCCGAGUCGAUCGUUUCAAUGGAAGCAACCCGUUACUCAUGUACCGCACUGCAGAAAGCCCUGCCCAUGUAGUUAUCUGGCAUGCUGUCAGACAGCCAUUUGCUUUGAAUCCUUGUGGUAGAAACAAUGGUGGCUGCCAGCAGAUCUGUGUCCUGAGUCACCGGUCAGACAAUGAUGGCCUUGGAUACCGCUGCAAGUGCAAGAUGGGAUAUGACCUUCAUACUGAUGGACGCACCUGUUUCAAGUUAAGUCAGUUCCUUUUAGUGACAACGUAUUCAUCUGUACGUGGGAUCCCAUUAAAUAUUUCUCUUCAGGAAGAUGUUAUUUUACCCAUUACUGCUUCUUCGAGCUACUUUAGUGCCGUUGACUAUGAUGUGCGGCAGGAAGUUCUCUAUUUCAAUAAUCUGAACAACGGUGUGCUCUACAAGGCCAGAAUUGAUGGCACAGGUGUAGAGACUGUAUCAGGUCACAGGAUGGGAGGGAUUGAAGGUAUGUCAUAUGACUGGAUCUCCAAAAUUCUAUACUUGGCAUCCAGAAAUUACAACUCUAUCACUGCCUUCAAGGUUACAGACAAAACAAGAAGAGAAAUUUUGACAGACUUGAGUUAUCCUAGAGGAAUAGUCGUUCAUCCAAUAUCAGGAUACCUCUUCUGGAGUGACUGGUACCGGCCUGCUAAGAUCGUGAGGGCAUGGUGCGAUGGCUCUAAUGCACAGACAAUUGUAAACACAACUCUUGGAUGGCCUAAUGGACUGGCAAUUGACUGGGGAUCGCCUCUGAACAGGCGGCUUUAUUGGGUAGAUGCCUACCUUGAUACUGUCGAACACAGUAACUUAGAUGGCUCAGACAGACAGACCUUCCAGAAUCUGCUACAGAUCACACAUCCCUACAGCCUGACAGUCUUUUCAGAUUAUGUGUUUAUAUCGGACUGGAGAACAAACUCUGUAUUCCGAAUAAGAAAGAGGGAUGGUGGUGGAGUCACUGAGAUCCGCAAAGGAUUAACAUCAGUCAUGACAGUCAAAACAUAUGAUGCAACUCAGCAGACUGGUACCAACGCAUGUAAUGGCACCCACUCGCCAAAUGGUGAUUGUAGCCACUUCUGUUAUCCAGUUCCAAAUGGCAAUCGUGUCUGUGGAUGCCCUUAUGGAAUGAAAUUAGGCAUAAACCAAAGGGAAUGUGAACCUGAUGGAUCCACUGAACCCACUGAAGACCCCUGUGGGCAGUAUUCCUUUGUUUGUGAUGAAGACCACUGUGUUCCAAACUCCUACAUGUGUGACGGAAUCCAAGACUGCGCAGACAAUACUGAUGAGAAAAACUGUAGUAACCCAGGUAUGACUUGUUCACCAUAUGCCUUCACAUGCUCCAAUGGUAAGUGCAUCCCCCAGUACUGGCGCUGUGAUGGACAUGAGGAUUGUGGUGAUGGGAGUGAUGAAAACAACUGUCCAACAAAAGGCCCAACAACCUGCUGGAAUGACUACUUUGCUUGUGACAAUGGCAACUGCAUCCCCAAAUACUGGGUUUGUGACACCAACAAUGACUGUGGAGAUGGAUCUGAUGAGCGUAACUGCAAUUUUUCAAGCACCUGUCACCCUGGACAGUUCUUGUGUCCUGAUCAUCGAUGUAUCUCCAGUACUUAUGUCUGUGACGGUGACCUUGAUUGUGCUGAUGGGUCGGAUGAAAAAGACUGUGAUUUCAUUUGCACCACCUAUCAGUUUGCCUGUGCCAGUGGCGAUCAGUGCAUCAGCAGUUACUACAGGUGUGAUGGAGUGUUCGACUGCCGAGAUCACUCUGAUGAAGUAGGAUGCCCUACUCGACCUCCGGGCAUGUGCCAUAAUGACGAAUUUCAAUGUCAGAUGGAUGGCCUCUGCAUCCCUGCAUCCUGGGAAUGUGAUCACCACAUAGACUGUAGCGAUGGUUCUGAUGAACACAAUGGCUGCCCUGUUCUCACCUGCAGACCAAACUACUUCCAGUGUGAUAACAAGAACUGUGUUCCCAGUAACUGGGUGUGUGAUGGCUACAAUGACUGUUGGGACAUGAGUGAUGAAAAGGAUUGUCCUGCUCCUCCAUUCCAGUGCCCCAGUGGACAGUGGAAAUGUGCCAACCAUGAUGUCUGCAUUGCCAAUUCUAAAGUAUGUGAUGGACAGCUGGACUGCCCAGAUGGUUCCGAUGAGUCACCGCUCUGCAAUGAAGAUGACUGCAGUUUGAACAAUGGAGGCUGCACAGACGGAUGCAUCCAGGGCCCUUUUGGUGCUCAGUGCACAUGUCCACCUGGAUAUCAGCUGCUGAAUGACUCUAAGACUUGUGAUGAUAUAGACGAGUGUGCGAUUCCAGGAAGCUGUAGUCAGGAAUGCUUCAAUGAACGAGGGACAUACCGCUGUUUCUGUGAUUGGGGAUACACCCUGGAACCAGAUGGCAAGACCUGCAAAGCAACAGACCCAAGGGAAGCUUUGCUUCUGGUAACCAGCCGCAAUCAAAUUGUUUCCUAUAAUCUUAACACCGAGCCUAAUGUCAUACGAUCUGUUGUGACCAAUGGAGUUAAUAUCGCAGACGUGGACUUUGAUGCAUUAACUCACAGGAUUAUCUGGGCUGACACAUCAGAGGACAUGAUAUGGACUGCUUUCCGGAAUGGCACAGACCGUAAAGUGCUGUUUGACAGUGGUGUGACACAGACUGAAAGCAUUGCAGUUGACUGGGUGGGACGAAAUAUUUACUGGCUUGACUCAGUGCUGGAAACCAUUGAAGUGUCCACUCUGGAUGGGAAAUACCGAACAGUCCUGCUUUCUACUAACAUCACCAGUCCUCGCAGCCUGGUUCUAGACCCCCGCAACCACACCAAUGUCAUGUUUUGGGCCGACUGGGGACAGAACCCCCGUAUUGAAAGGGCAUUUAUGGAUGGAAGUGCCAGACAGGUGAUUGUGAACAAUAAAAUCUACUGGCCCAAUGGCCUUGCCAUUGAUUACCCAACUCGCCUGCUGUACUUUGCAGAUGCAUACCUCGACUACAUUAACUACUGUGAUUAUAAUGGUAACAACAGAAGAGAAGUUCUGUCAAGCAAUCUGUUACUACAGCAUCCUCAUGGGUUAACAAUCUUCGAGGACUAUGUUUACUGGACUGAACGGUAUACAAACAAAGUUAUCCGAGCCAACAAGUGGCAUGGAGGAAAUGUGACCACCAUGUUGUAUAACACAUACCAGCCACUCGGCACUGUGGUGGACCACCCUGUCAAGCAACCACCAGCCUGGAAUCCAUGUGCAAACCACCAGUGUAGCCAGCUCUGUUUGCUGUCUGGCUUAAGGCCACGGUACUACACCUGUGCUUGUCAAUCAGGGUGGCAUCUGGACACUGACAAAAUCACCUGUAUCAGAGAUAAUUCACCUUUCCUGAUGGUAGUGAAGAGUGAGCUCAUCUAUGGAAUUCCACUUGAUCCCAGUGAUUCCAGUGACAAUGCUAUGAUCCCAGUGGCUGCCAUUAGGAAUGGCUGGGACUUGGAAUUUGAUGAUGUGGAGCAGAAAAUAUACUGGGUGGAAAAUCCUGGCAGCAUUCACAUGGUAAACACUGAUGGAACGAACAGGACAAUUUUUGCUCCAGCUGCUAUUAUUGGUUCACCUUCUGGUCUGGCUUUUGAUUGGAUAAGCAGAAAUAUGUAUUAUACCAAUCCAACAACAAAGACAAUUGAGGUGAUUCGAGCUGACAGUGAUCAGCAUCACAGGAAGACAGUACUUGCCAGCACAGGAAAGCAAGAGGGUGUUGGAUAUCCUGUAGGAAUUGCUCUGGACCCUGCUAGAGGAAAACUUUUCUGGACAGACAGAGGCUCAGACAGUGGAGUACCAGCAAAAAUAGGAAGUGCAGAGAUGGACGGCAGUAGCCCUCAGAUACUUUUCACUAACAACCUUGCCAAUGCAGAGUCUAUCACAGCUGAUAUCGCUGAGAGGAAGUUGUACUGGGCUAUAACCAGCACAGGAAAGAUCGAGUGUGGUGGAAUGGAUGGAUCAGGACGUGUAACAAUUGUCAGUGGGCUUUCUCACCCAUGGGGUGUAACAGUGUACCAGAACUAUCUCUACUACACUGAUCCAGACUAUGAGGUCAUUGAAAGAGUGGACAAAGGCAAUGGAGCCAACAUGGUUGUCAUGAGAAGUAACGUGCGUGAUGUGCGAUCUCUGAAAACCCACUUUAGAGACAAUUCUGCUGGUACAACUAAUGCAUGCAGCACCAAUAAUGGAGGAUGUUACCAGCUCUGUCUACCUAAGUCAUCUGGGAAGGUGUGUGCCUGUACAACAGGGUUUUACCUUGCACAGGACGGCAUCAGCUGUAUGGAGUAUGAGUCGUUCGCUGUUGUUGCAGAUUACAAAACAGUUCGAGGUUAUCACAUCAACAGCUCUGACCACUCUGAGGCCAUGGCACCCAUUGCAGGACAAAAUCGUUAUGCUGUUAAAGUGGAUGUUCAUGUUCCUUCUGGAUUUGUUUACUGGGCAGAUAGUUAUGUUGGCUACAGCUUCUAUUCUGGUAUUCGCCGAGUGAAAACAGAUGGAUCAGAGUAUGAAUCCCUUGUAUCAACUGGGAUUGGUAUUAAUGGGAUUAAUGGAAUUGCUAUGGACUGGGUGGCAGGUAAUCUGUACUUCACAAAUGCUUUUGACACACAAACUUAUAUUGAAGUGCUCCGUGUAAACACCACUUAUAGGCUUGUCCUUCUGAAAUCCACAGAAGACAGGCCACAUGAUAUUGCAGUCAGUCCACGCUUAAGGUACAUAUUCUGGACAGACUAUGGGCAGAAACCAAAGAUUGAGCGAGCUUUUAUGGAUGGCACAAACAGAACAAUCCUAGCUUCUGAAAGUAUCUUGACCCCUCGAGGUCUUGUGGUAGACUAUACCACUGACUACCUAUACUGGACAGAUGAUAGUCUGGAUAUGAUUUCAACCAUGCAUCAUGAUGGAUCCGGAAGACAAAUAGUGAGAUAUGGUUCCCGAUAUCCUACACCAUAUGGUAUAGCCAUCUUUGGUAAUUACAUGAUUUGGGUGGACAAAAACCUAAAGAAGGUCUUCCAAACAAGUAAACAACCAGGAAACACUGAGACACCAGAAGUGAUACGAGAUAACGUAGAAAACCUGCAAGAUGUGAAGGUGUUUGACGGUCAUGUACAGCCUUUAUCUGCUAACCUUCUUGACUUUAACCCUUGCUUGGAAGGGAACGGACGCUGCCAGCAAUUUUGUUUUGCCGUACCUGGAUUGCAGCCUGCCAAGUGCGGAUGUGCUCAUGGAACAAUCUUAAGCAAUGGCUAUUCUUGUGGCUAUUCUUUAGAAGACUUCCUUCUUUAUACCACAGACUACACAGUUAGCAGCAUUCGUUUGGAUCCUGAGGAUCACAACCUUCCUUUUCCAUCUAUUUCAACAUCCUACAUCACAAUGGCUGUCGAUUUUGACUAUGCUGAUAAACGGAUCUAUUUUACAGAAAGCUCAUGGAAUAGGCAAGGCAAAAUCUACUAUGUCGACUACACCAAUCAAAUGAACCACCCUGUCCUUGUGGCUUCAGGACUUGGCAAUCCUGAUGGGAUAGCUUUUGACUGGAUUCAUAAACGCAUCUACUAUAGUGACUACGAUAAUCAAAGUAUCACAUCAAUGGCGAUGGAUGGGGGAAAUCGUACUCAUGUGCUUUCUGUACCACGACCAAGAGCUAUUAUGUUGGACCCUUGCAGAGGAUACAUGUACUUUACUGACUGGGGCAAUGAACCAAAGAUUGAGAGAGCUACCAUGGCAGGCAACUUCCGUGUGCCGAUAGUUAACACAAGCUUGGUGAGGCCUAAUGGAUUAACCUUGGACUAUGACGAAGACCUGCUUUACUGGUGUGAUUCUUACAUGCAGAAAAUUGAACGUUGUACUCUGACAGGACAGAAUCGACAGGAAAUCAUUGCCAUGGUAGUGUAUCCCUUUGCUAUGACUGUGUUUCAGCAGCACAUAUACUGGACAGACUGGAACACCCGCAGCAUCUACAGGGCAAAUAAAGAUGAUGGCUCGGGCAUGAUUGUCCUCCUGAAGGACAUUCAGUACACACCCAAUGAUAUCCACAUCUUCAGCCCCAGCAAACAACAGCAAUGCAACAAUUCAUGUGAGCUCUUCAACGGGGGUUGCAGUCACAUCUGUGUGCCAGGUCCCAGCGGUGCAGAGUGCCAAUGUCCUUCAGAUGGAAAAUGGUACCUGGCAAAUGGUGGCAAGGACUGUGUGAAAGAUGAGGGCAAGAGGUGUCAGUCUGACCAGUUCACCUGUCUCAAUGGGAACUGUGUCUCCGAAAGAUCAAAGUGCAAUGGGCGUAAUGACUGCGGUGACAAAACGGAUGAGCUGGAGAGAGUCUGUGCUUUCCAUACAUGUGACCCAACAGACUUCACAUGUGAUAAUGGCCGCUGUGUGCCCUACUGGUACCGAUGCGAUUACAUCAAUGACUGUGGCGAUAACAGUGAUGAAAAGGGCUGUGCUUUUCCAACCUGUGACCCUCUGAAUGAGUUCACUUGCAAUAAUGGACGAUGCAUUUCCAAAAGCUUUGUUUGUGAUGGUUAUAACAACUGUGCAGAUGAUGGGGCCACAGAUGAGUUAAACUGUCCGGAGCGCACAUGCCCAAGUGGGCUCAUCAAGUGUGAAACCACCAAUAUAUGCAUCCCAGGGUACUUCCUAUGUGAUGGAGACAAUGACUGUGGGGACAACAGUGAUGAGAACCCAAUCUUCUGCCAUGCUCAGUCAUGUUCUGCCAAUGAGCACACAUGUGGAAAUGGACGAUGUAUUCCAUCGUACUGGGUCUGUGAUGGCUAUCAAGAUUGUGCUGACAACUCCGAUGAACCUGCAUCAUGUGCUGAUAUUGUGAAGACUUGCAGUUCGAACGAGUUCACCUGUAACAAUGGGCGCUGUAUUCCCAUAUACCUGAUCUGUGAUGGAGACAAUGACUGUGGGGAUAUGAGUGAUGAAAGCUCUGAGCUUCAAUGUGAUCAAAUGACCUGCAGACCAAAUGAGUUCACUUGCCCUCCACCAAUCUACUCUGGCCCAAAGUGUAUUCCAUAUUCUUGGGUGUGUGAUGGAGAUGCAAACUGUGCCAACGCAGCUGAUGAGUUACAGAACUGCACCCAGCGGAACUGCUAUAUGAGUGAGUUUCAGUGUGCCAACGGACGAUGCGUUUUGUAUUUCUACAGGUGCGACAGGUACAAUGACUGCGGAGAUGGUAGCGACGAAAGGAAUUGUGAAUAUCCAACCUGCAGCGAUCAGCAGUUCACAUGCCAAAAUGGACGCUGCAUUUCCAAAUAUUAUGUAUGUGAUGGUGACAAUGACUGUGGGGAUUACUCUGAUGAGGAAGACAGCCUCUGUGUAACCCAUGCACCCACCUGCCCCCCAGGAAACUUCCGCUGCAAUUCAGGAGAGUGCAUUGACAUGCAUAAGGUCUGCAACCAACAAGAUGACUGCUCAGAUGGAAGUGAUGAGAAGGGAUGUGGAAUCAAUGAAUGUGCAGACCCAGCAAUAAACCAGUGUGCUCACAACUGCACCAACACCCUGACUAGCUACUACUGUAGUUGUUGGACAGGUUAUCGACUGAUGCCUGAUGGGAAAGCCUGUGAAGACAUCAAUGAGUGCAAGGAAACACCUCAGAUCUGCAGCCAAAUAUGUGAGAAUACUGUUGGUUCCUUUAUUUGCAAAUGUGCCAGUGGUUAUAUCCGAGAACCAGAUGGUCGCACAUGCCGUCAGAACAGCAAUAUUGAGCCAUACUUGUUGUACAGUAACCGCUACUAUAUCCGCAAUCUGACCACUGAUGGUAGCUCAUUGUCCAUUGUUCUUCAGCAUCUCACCAAUGUAGUGGCCCUAGAUUAUGACCGUUUUGAACAACGACUGUACUGGAUUGAUGUUGGCACUGACAAAAUUGAAAGAAUGUUCUUCAAUCGUACUGGCAGAGAAACAAUUAUAAAUCACGAAGUACCUGAUGGUGAAGGAUUGGCAGUUGACUGGGUUAACAGGAAAUUGUACUGGGCUGAUGCUACAAAGGAUGCAUUGCAUGUGUCUGAACUAGAUGGACGAUUCAGGAAAAAGCUUCUCAGUGGCUGCGUAGAUCCCAAUAAUACCUACUGCUUUGGUAACCCACGGGCUGUGGCAGUAAACCCAAGAUAUGGAUGGUUGUACUGGACAGACUGGACCACGAAGGCCUACAUUGGCAGAGCUGGAAUGAAUGGCCAAAGUGCUUCAGCUAUUGUUACUACUAAGAUUGAAUGGCCCAAUGCACUGACCAUCGACUACACCAACAAUAAAAUCUUCUGGGCAGAUGCACACCUUGGUUAUCUGGAGUAUGCCGACAUGGAUGGAAGUAACCGUCAUGUGACCAUUGAUUCUGGACUGCCGCAUGUAUUUGCCAUCACCCUUUUUGAAGAUACGGUGUACUGGACAGACUGGAACACAAUGACUGUAGAGAAAGCCCACAAAUACACAGGACAGGGAAGGGUCAGCAUGUUAAACAACACCCACCGGCCAUUUGAUAUCCAUGUCUACCAUCCUUACCGCCAGCAGCAAAUGACCAGCCCCUGCAGCACAAACAAUGGCGGUUGCAGUCAUCUGUGCCUUAUCGGUCCAGGAGGAGAAACAUCGACCUGUGAAUGCCCUGAUAACUUCAUUGGCAUCAUGGUUGGUUUUCAGGUUCAAUGCGUAGCUCUCUGCUCCAGUACUCAGUAUCGGUGUCUGGAUAAUGAAAGGUGUAUCCCCAUCUGGUGGAAAUGUGAUGGGCAGCAAGACUGCCGCGAUGGCUCUGAUGAACCUAACACCUGUCCUGUGCGCUACUGUCCAGUUGGACAAUUCCAGUGUAAUGAUGGAAACUGCACUGCCUCGUACCUUUUAUGUAAUGGUUACAACAAUUGUCCAGAUGCUUCUGAUGAAGACUCUGUACUCUGCUCAAACCAUCAAUGUGAAGAGAACCAGUUUCAAUGUGCCAACAAACAUUGCAUACCCCGCAGCUGGGAAUGUGAUGGACUUGAUGACUGCGGUGACAACAGUGAUGAAGAUGAUAGUCACUGUGCUACAAGAACCUGUAAGCCUGAAGAGUUUCAGUGUGAUAAUGGGCGCUGUAUCCCAAAGAGCUGGGUUUGUGAUGUUGAAGAUGAUUGUGGGGACCACUCAGAUGAGCCCUACGAUGUGUGCACUGGUCCUGAUUAUAAAUGUGAUGAACAUACUGAGUUUGCCUGCAAGACCAAUUAUCGCUGCAUAUCUAAGUGGGCUGUCUGCAAUGGAAACAAUGACUGCCUGGACAACAGUGACGAGAUGAACUGUGAGAGUGUAACCUGCAACCCAGUAGGAGAUUUCCGUUGUGACAACCAUCUGUGUAUUCCACUACGCUGGAAAUGUGAUGGCAAGAAUGACUGCGGUGAUGGUUCUGAUGAGAAAGGAUGUACUCCACGCCAGUGCUCAGAGAGUGAGUUCCGCUGUGCCAAUGAGCAGUGUAUUCCAGGAACCUGGGUAUGUGACCAUAACAAUGACUGCGGAGAUAAUUCAGAUGAGAAGGACUGUGAGUUCCAGACCUGCAGCCCUGGCUACUUCCAAUGUGACAGUGGUCACUGCAUCCUUAAUGACUUGAAAUGUGAUGGCAGGGCUGACUGCAAGGAUUAUUCAGAUGAGACAUCCUGUCCCACACGCUUCCCCAAUGGUACCUGGUGCCCACCAUAUCAGUUUGAGUGUAAAAACCACAUCUGUAUUUCUGCUACCUGGACAUGUGAUGGUGAUGAUGACUGUGGUGAUGAUUCUGAUGAAGAACUGAACCUCUGCCUGGAUGUGCCGUGUGAUCCACCAUACCGUUUUCGCUGUGCCAACAACCGCUGCAUCUUUGCCCAUGAGGUCUGCAAUAAAGUGGAUGACUGUAGAGAUGGCAGUGAUGAAACUGAAGAUGCAUGUCGCACACCUACAAAAGCCCCCUGCACAACUGAGGAAUACAAAUGUAGUAAUGGAAAUUGUGUUCCACUGAUAACUGUUUGCGAUAAUUUUGAUGACUGUGGAGAUGAAUCAGAUGAAAAUGGUUGUAAUUUUGGCAGUGACAGAAACUGUAAUGAGAAGCUUUGUGAGCAGAAUUGUACCAACCUUCCUGGAAAUGGAUUCAUUUGUUCUUGCAGAGAUGGAUACACAGUGGACCCUGAUAACAAAAAUAACUGCAAAGAUAUUAAUGAGUGUUUGAUUUAUGGCAUUUGUUCUCAACAUUGUCAAAAUCUAAAAGGGAGUUAUGAGUGCUUAUGUGCCAGAGGAUACAAGAAGGUUGGAGAUGGUGCAGAAUGUGAAGCAGAGGGAGCUCCACCCCUUCUCCUCCUUCCAGAGAAUGUCCGUAUUAGGAAAUAUAACCCAGCAACUGAGAAUUACCGAGACUUCCUCAAGGACCUGGAGCAUGUGACAGCUGUGGACUACGACUGGGACCACAAUAACACAGGAUUCAGCAUGGUGUAUUUUGCAAGUGAAGGCAGCAGCGGUGAGUUUGGUACAAUUAAGAGAGCCUAUUUGCCCGAUACAGAUGAUGGAAGUAAUAACAUAGCUCUGGCAGUGACUCUGGACAUCCGAUACAUUGUGAAGCCUGAUGGAAUUGCAGUAGACUGGGUGGGAAGGCACAUCUACUGGACUGAUGCAGGAAAUAAUCGAGUCGAGGUGGCGUUACUUGACGGGCGAUACAGAAAGAUGCUUAUUACUACUGAUCUGGGUCAGCCUGCAGCCAUUGCUGUGAAUCCAGGACUUGGAACAAUGUACUGGACAGACUGGGGUCCAAGUCCAAAGAUAGAGCAUGCCUGGAUGGAUGGUCAAGAGAGGAAGGUUUUAGUAAAAGAUUAUCUAGGUUGGCCUACGGGUAUUUCAAUAGACUAUGAAAACCACGGUCGCAUAUACUGGUCUGAUUCCAAGGAAAACUCAGUGGAAAGCAUUUUACCCACUGGACAAGACAGACGUUUAGUUUUGCAUAUAGGCAAGUCUGUUGAAAACCCUCUGAGUUUGAAUGUUUUUGAGGGUCAAAUUUACUGGACAACGAAAGAGAAGGGUGAAGUGUAUAGCCAAGACAAAUUUGGAAAAGGACUGAGAAAGAAAGUUUUGAGCGUUGGCCCAUGGCUGACUCAAGUGAAUGUGUAUCAGCAACACAAAUAUAACUCAGCAAUGAAAAGCCCAUGUAAGGAAACCUGCAGCCACCUCUGCCUGCUGAGACCAUUUGGAUACUCCUGUGCCUGUCCACAGGGAUCCAGUUUCAUUCCAGGGAGCUCAACAGAAUGUGAUGCUGGUUUUGUCCCUGAACCCACAAUGCCUCCUCCUUGCAAGUGUAAGAAUGGUGGAACCUGCUACUUUGAUGACGGACUGGCUAAAUGCAAAUGUGCAAAUGAUUUUUUUGGGAACCUGUGUGAAAAGAAACCAAGCAAUAUUCAUCAGUCAGUUGGCAUUGCCGUUGGAGUCACUGUGGCAGUUUUGCUGAUCUUACUCAUUAUUGGAUUUGUUGUAUAUCAGAAGUCAAAGGGCAAAACUCUGUCAGAUAUUACCACCUUUAAAAACCUUCCCAGCUUUCCCAGCUUUUCUGCCUUUUCAAAAUUCCCAAGUUUCCGGAAAUCUAAGCCAGAUGAGGAGAGCAUUAAUAACAUUAGCUACACUGGCAAUGGUGAAGCUGCCGUCUGUAACAUAACUACAAACGGUAUCAAUCACCACCCUCGAGAAAAAGCAGAAGCUGUCCCCAUAUCUCCAAUUAAGCCGGAUUCUGCAUUCUUUGCUGAUGAAGGGGCACGACCCAGCUUUGAGAAUCCCAUAUACAGUCCAGAUCAUGAAGGGCUUUCUAAAGCACCCGUCAUUGGUUCAAAGGUACCAAUGACAAAAACUUCGGAAAAGCGAAAAAACGCUGCCUUUGAUAAUCCAAUUUAUGAGGAGGAUGAUUAUAAACAAACAAAUGAAUCUUAUACAUAACUGACACUGUCUGGAUAAGAAAUGGAAAAUGCAAUUGGACAACUGUUGGGAGCUCUAAAGAUUUCAGCAUGUCAUCUGUUUACUGUAAUAUGAAUAAUAUGAAUUUGUGAUGUAAAAUGUCAUUUGCACAAUUUUUCUACAGUUUUCGUUCAUUUUGGAACAAUGUCCGGUUAUACAGUGUUAAUGUGGGAAUGUUCUAUAAAGACAAAUAAUAAUAUAGUCUAUUUUUUUCUGCUGAACAAUUUCAUUUUUCACUUUUACUUAUACUUAAGCCCUGUCUAAAAAUGUUUGAAAAUCAUGGAUAAAAUAUAUUUAUA